AUUGGAAUGCCGGUUGUGAAGUGUUCAUGAAAGCGAUAGGGUGUGCUGAUUAAGAUAGCUUAGGCAGUGUAUCGAGCGUCAUUUCCUUGCAUGAUCAUACCGUGAUAUCAUCAUCAUAUUCAUGUGGAAAGGAAUUGCUUGUGCAAGAAAGGAAAGUACCGUUGCACAAGAUGUCGAUGGAAAGCUGUUCCGGUGUACAAAUCCGCCCAUUGGACGAAUGGCCGCUGCAGAAUACCACGCAUCCACUGCAUGGCUUAUUGAGCGUGGCCCUUCUGUUACCGCUAGUAAAGACCAUAAUUACCCCACCUCGACUUCUCGCGGACCAGACGGAGUUUAAACGAGGAUUCAACUUUAUUCUCUGGGAAGACAAAGUUUUCGACGUGACAAAUUGGGAGAACAUUACCAAUGUGACCAAGAGUGUGGAUAGUACUCGAGCGCUUUCUCUGGCUGUCGUAACCGAAAAUGAAUCCAACAUAACAAGAGCAAAUGGAGCCGCAAAAUUGUUCGCCGACAAUCUGAUGAAGUGCGGCUCGUAUAAAGGUCAGAUUUACCGUCCUAACGACACCACCGUUGUUGCUGCCUUCAUUAACAAGGACUAUCUCGAUAACUUAAACAAGACCUUGUUGCAGAAUUUCGUCCCUAAAACUUCCGGCGUUCCUGUAAUAGCCGCAGUGACCAGUAGUGUGCAGGAUGCUACAACUGAUACGACGACAUUCGCAAACACAACUAAUGCGCCAACUCCGAUACAAACCAGCACCACACAAUCGAGUCUAGCGACUACCACAACCAGAGAACUGGUGACUUCAGCUCCAUCCACUUCGCGUACAGAUGUUUCGAGUACUGUAUCACCUCACUCCACGCGCAAUCCGACAACUCCACAGAACAUCAUCCGCACGUCUUCGCCAUCACACUUUGGGCCGCCGGCCGAUAACGGUCUGUCGAUAGGAAUAAUGGUGUUGAUCAGUAUUGGAAUUAUUCUCCAGUUGGGAUUGAUUGCAUUGUGCGCCAUGUUUGUUAUCGGCAGACGGAAGCGAUCGACGCGGAUUAAAGAGCGAAAACAGCGAUCACAUUCGUUCUUCGAUCCAUCCGAUGCUGUGUCGUACAACCGUUGGGACGAUGUAGUGGAAGAACGGCCUUUUAUUGCCGACUAACAAGAAACAAUUCAAACAAAGCGGAGAACCGGCAUCGAAAGGAGAUUAUUGGUAGCUUAUAUUACAAUAUACUGCACGUGCACGCAUCCGGAACUGCAAACUAAAGAUGGGAUCGUUGCAGCUUGACGCGUUGAUUUUAAUAUAACAAUAAAAAGAAGUUAGAAAUUAUUGCGUUAAUUCAUUAUUUAUCUUAUCAAGACAGUGAUUACCAGGGGCGAUAUAAUUUCAACAAAAAUAUAUUAUACACCGGUGUCUUUGUCCGAAAAACCGGUUGCAACGACUCGGACGCGGGUGUUCGUCAGUAGUGCAGUUGUGUGUCUGCAACGAGCCGGUACUUUUACUAGAUCAAUCCAUGUAUCUCAGAAUUGUUCCGCAUUGCCCCUUUUUUUGCUGUGUUCUGUGGUGCAGACAAAUUUAUAAUUUUGGUUUUUUAAUGCCCGGUGUUUUGUUGUGGAUGAUAGCGCAAGAAUUAAAUAAAUAACGAUACACUA